AUGAUCCUCAAGCACAAGAUGGACCAAGUCAACCGGGAGUCUUGGAAGUUGAAAUUUGGCAGCUCCGAGGUGGAAGUCCAGGAUGUUGUAAAGCCCGUCCUAGCUGUGGUCGACUGGGCCAAUGACUUUGUUGCCAAAGCUCUAGUCUCAAAUCCAUACGCGUCAAUUGCUUGGAGUGGUGUCAGCUUGUUACUGCCGAUCAAGCCGCCACCCUGGCAAAAGGACUAG